GGUCGCUGUGGACGCACUGGAUCGACUGGACGCUGUACUGCUAACUGCUGCUGUAGCUCUCAAGUUUCUUGAAAGUGUUUUAGUUGUUUGGUCUUGAUCAGUCUUGAUUUGGCGUAUUGACAAUGGAAACAAUAUUGGAGCAACAACGACGAUAUCAUGAAGAAAGGGAGCGAUUGAUGGACGCGAUGGUGAAAGAGAUGCUGCACAAGAAAGCGGGACAUCGCGAGAACAUCAACUCGGAGCAUCGCUUGAAGAUGUUGCUGGAUCAGUUUAUGGACAGUACGAUGCAUUUACAGGACUUAUAUGAAGAUAAGGAUGGACAAAGAAAAGAGGAAGUUCAAGCACUCUCCGGUCCAAACGAAUUCUCAGAAUUUUAUUCACGCCUGAAGUCCAUAAAGGAAUUCUAUCGACGACAUCCGAAUGAGAUCAGCGUUCCCAUGUCCGUCGAGUUCGAAGAGUUGGCUAAGAUGAGGGAGAAUCCGACUGAAGAACUAUCUAAUCUUGUCGAAUUUACAGACGAAGAAGGUUAUGGAAAGUACCUCGAUCUUCAUGAAUGUUAUCAAAAAUACAUUAAUCUUAAGGGGAUAGAAAAAAUAGACUAUAUAACUUAUCUGUCAACCUUUGAUCACUUGUUUGACAUUCCUAGAGAAAGGAAGAAUGCGGAGUAUCAGAGGUACGUUGAGUGUCUUUUGACAUAUCUGACAGAUUAUCUAAACAGAGUGAGGCCUCUGCUUGAUAUAAGUACGGAGAUUGAAGAGGCGAACAAAGACUUUCAAACUCAGUGGGAGAAGAAUACCUUUCCUGGUUGGCCUAAGGAGACUGGAAGCGCUUUGACUAACGUAGGCGCACACUUGGAAUUGUCCGCAUUCUCAUCGUGGGAGGAAUUAGCAUCUCUUGGUUUAGACAGAUUAAAAUCUGCUUUAAUGGCGCUAGGACUAAAAUGUGGAGGUACCCUUGAGGAACGAGCGCAAAGACUCUUCAGUACAAAAGGCGAGGCCUCCUUAGAUCCCAACCUAUUGGCCAAAAAUCGAAAGGGAAAGUCAGCUAAGAGCAAAGAUUCUGAGAAGCAAAAGGAAAUUGCACGACUCGAGGCUCACGUGUAUAAGCUAGCCGAACUAGUGUCCAGUCAGCGAGUGGCCACGAAGGAGAAUGUUCAGAGAAAGCAGGCAAGAACGGAGGGUGAAAGGGGAGACUCUGACGCAGAGGCGAGUGCAAGUGAAUCGGAGGAGGAGGACGAUAACGAGGUCCCGUAUAAUCCAAAGAAUUUACCAUUGGGCUGGGACGGCAAACCUAUACCUUACUGGUUGUACAAACUGCAUGGUUUAAAUAUUAGUUACAAUUGCGAGAUUUGUGGAAACUUUACAUAUAAAGGUCCAAAAGCAUUCCAGAGGCACUUUGCGGAAUGGAGGCACGCGCACGGCAUGCGUUGCCUUGGCAUACCGAAUACGGCACACUUUGCUAAUGUUACUCAGAUUGAGGACGCUCUUGCCCUAUGGGAAAAGCUCAAGGCGCAAAAACAAGCUGAACGUUGGCAGCCAGAGCAGGAAGAGGAAUUCGAAGAUUCGCUCGGCAAUGUAGUCAAUCGUAAAACAUACGAGGAUCUCAAGAGACAAGGUUUGUUGUAAAGUACAUCUAAAUCUCAUUGUAAUCUUUGACUAUCAACUGUAUCACGCAAAUCUUUUUACAAUUCUACUUAUCUAACAUUUUCACCAAUAAAAUAUUUUCUUUUAGUUGUUUUAAAA